GAGUUAGUGUGUGGGCAGCCGCUGUGUGAGGCGGACGUGCAGGUGGUGUUCCGUGUGUUGUUCCUCACUGGGCUGACCACCACGCCACCUCGGCUUCCAUCUCAAGAAACCUGUUGACAGGUCCCCCUUCAAGGCUUACUGCCCUUGUGGCCACCAGCUAAUGAAAAAAAAAUCAUACAUGGGAGAAAUCUAAUGAAGUUUUAAUUUGGUGAAGAGAUAACGUACUCUUAAGAGUAAACUAUAUGAGAGAUUCUUGGGAAACUUUAUACGUAAAGUAUUAUGCGGACUAAAUGUUUAUAGAUCUUUCUUUCAUUUACUGUACUUGUGAAUUUAACUUAAGUAACCAGAAUAACCAGUGAAUUUUAUAGACUUGUAUCAGCUGUGACCAAAACAGAAUUGAUUGAGAGGAGUGAAGUAUUGAGGAAGUAAAUUUCCAGCAGAAUGUUGACAAUCUAUAUCUUAAGAAAUAAAGUGGCUUACAACAGGUAAUAUGACCUGUGAACUCUACUAAGAGUGAGUAUUGUCGGUGGACGUAAGAAAAUGAUUAACCCGUUAACUUCUGCGUCUGAAAACUUAUUGUUGCGUUAACUCAAUUUCCUCAUAGCGACUUUCUUAACACAGCACCGCUCGCAGUCACAAGUUGGAAAGGCGGCAAUUUUGCUGAACAUUCCAUGAUUUUGAGACAUGUUUUGUGAGGAAGAGCAAAACUAAGAAAGACUGUUUCUCUGACGAUUAACAACACAAACUUACUAGGGUUGAGAAAGUGAGAGAAAAGGGAUAUUUUACUAACACACAGGACGUCGUCAGCUUCAUGAUGGUGUUCCUCAGCAGAGUGUUGCUGACUCUCCUGCUGCAUCACCUAACAGGAGUGGCGGUGGGGGAGGUGUCGGUGAAGCGGGUGGUGGUACCGGAGUAUGUGGAUCGCGGGGACAACGUGGAGCUGGGGUGCCACUGGGAGGUACCCAACAACAAACUCUACUCCCUCAAGUGGUACCUCAACGACCGGGAGAUCUUCAGAUACAUGCCGGAGGAGAACCCCAGCAUCGAGGUUCACCCACUACCCGGCGUCAACGUCAAUAUUGAGCUGUCGACGGUGGAUCGGUUAGUGUUGAACAACGUGCAGCUCAGCUCCUCCGGCAAGUACAAGUGUGAAGUAAUAGCCGAGAGUCCUCUGUUCCUCACGGCGGACAAAAGUGACCCAAUGACAGUCGUCCAGAUCCCGAAGGAGAAGCCUCGCAUCUACGGGAGGCAGGACGAGUACCAUAUAGGCGACACUGCGCACCUCACCUGCGUCUCGGCCAUGUCCAGCCCGCCAGCCGAACUGACCUGGUUCAUCAACGACAAACAGGCCCCAGAAGAGUACACCAUUGACAUGAACACCAGCCACUCUGAGCACGGGUUAACGGAGACACGAAAGGGACUGAAAUUUAGGGUGACCCGCGAGCACUUCCACAACGGCGCGAUGAACCUGAAGUGCACUGCCAAGAUCUCUAGCCUCUACUACAAGACUCAGCAGCACAGUGUUGAUGGUCAGCUUACCUACAACGUGCCCGCCAUGGAAUCUCGCGACAUACUUGCCUUGUCAGGCAGCAGCAGCAGUCUCGGGGUCGGCCAGCAACAACAGCAUCAGCAGCUGGUGGUAGUAGUGGCACUGGCUGUUGUGAUGGAGAUGGUGAUGACGUCCAUGUUGGAAUACAUCCCCAGCUGACUCUCCAACAUAUCCAGCGCUCUCCAACACUCACCCCCCCCGCCGCCCUCAGUAGUUUAGCUUACUCCAUAUGAGACAAAACAAGAAUAUAUUACCCUGGGUAGCCUUUUUAAGCGUACAUUCCAGGAAUUUCACUGUAAUGUUUAGAGGAUGCUGAAGCCCUCCCAACGACUUUCUAGUAAUUAUGAUUAAGAUGUUACGUGUACAUACUGAUUAUUGGUCGAUUAUUUACAGUUAGAAAUACUGACACUGUGUUUCAGAGCCUCAGUGGUAAUCUGUUUAUUCUGUGCUGCUGUUGGACGCUUGACAUACUAGCCGCUUCUACGACACUCAGAUAAAUUCUUGAUAUCCCGGACUGGACUGUGGUGACGGAAGGACGCGAGAAGACACCUGUGUGUAUGUUGAAUUUAGAUCUGACGCCACAGUUUCUGGAGGCUACAAUAUUUUUUUUUGUUUUCUGAACAUUUCAUGGUACUGUUGUCGGAUAAAACUUCAAUUGGUGACUUCUCAGCGAAAUGAAAAAUCAAAGAAAAAAACUAGCAGGAGUAGACUCCACCUUGUCUAUGAUGGUCAGGAAUCUCCACAGAUGAGUCCUUUAUAUGUGAGUAUUGUUAAUUUAUAGCUCAAAGGACUUAUAUAUUCAAAAUAAGUACUAUGCUUUAAAAUGUAACUCAAACUUCUCACACGUGUGGAAAGAUCUUAUCACCUUAAAACAGAGGCAAAGUAACUGGCAAUUAUUGUUUUCAUAUUGAACUCCUUAUCAAUUUUGUGUAUGUACAUAUAUAUAUCCAUCUUAGCUUAAAGAACUUACUUGAAAGUACUUAUAGGCUUUAAAAGAUAACUAAAGUAUCUGUUAAUGGUUUCCCUCCACCUUGAGGUGAAGGAUGAAGAAACCCUGUAAGGUAAUAAUGUGAUGAUAUACAAAGUCGUGAUGUUUCUAAUUUAUAAGAAAACAACACUUAAGUAUUGUCUGUAUGUGUCUGUGUUUCAUUUCAGCAGUUUAUAUUCUACCUUUGUAAAAUGUGUGACAAAAAUGAAUCCUUGAGAAGCCUUGAAGCUAAUGUCUAUAUAUAUACUAGUUUUCUCUUCCGCCUCGUCACCGUGUACAGUUAGUCACAGCUUAGGGUGACUUCAAGUAGUCAUUUUAUAUAAUACAGUAUUUAUCGAUUAUGUCGUUAGGUAAUGUUUUAUUCUUUUUUUUUUUUUUUACCUUAAAUGUGGUGUUAAAUGUUGGUAGAGCAAGUAUUAACUCUACACCUUCCGACUGACAUUGUCCGAAUAUUUUACGAGGAUCGCACAUAAAUUAUCCACAUGUUCUGUAAAUAGGAAUAAGAAUGAUCUAAAACAUCCAUUCGUUUUCUAAAUUGGAAUAAGGAUGAUCUCAAAUAUUCAGUCGCUUUCUAAAUUGGAAUAAGAAUUAUCUAAAACAUCCAGUCGUUUUCUAAAUAGGAAUAAGAAUGAUCUAGUCAUUUUCUAGAUAGUAAUGUGAACUGUGGAAAAUAUACGUUGGUUUUCUAAAUGGGAAUAUGGCUAAUCUAAAAUAUGCAGUUCCUUUAUCAUGAUCAGCUGUGACCAAACCCAAAUAGAUCCCGAGUACCUGGAUAUGGUUGGGUGUGUGUAAAUAAGCACAAUUAGCUUAGUCAUGUUAAUGCAUGUCUAGAGUUCAGUUCACUACGGGAAGAUAUGAAAAACUUAACUAGUGAAAAUGUACUAAAUCUUAUUAUUAUUCUUUACAUUCAAGGAAAAGGCAAGGUAUUAUACAGCAUUUUUCUUGCCAGCUAACAGGAGAUGAACAUGAUCAGUCACCGAAGAUUUCAGUAAUGAGAUUCAAAAUUUAAGCCUUUGUGUGUGUGUGUGUGUGUGUGUCUCUAAAUUUAAUUUUUCGUGUCACUCCAACUAUGAAUUCCACCUGAACUUUAAUACAUGUCCAAGGUUCAGUUCAGAAGUACUAUUUUGGUCCUUGUUUCAUGGUCCAUGUAUACACACACACACACACACACACUCACACACACUCACACACACACAUGCCAUCCCUCAGUGACCUCCAC